GCAAAACCAUGAAAUAUAAAAUAAAUUUUAAGGUUAUGUGUACUUAACCUAAUAAUCGAAUUAAUUCUAAUUUCUUAUAAAGAAUUUUAUAAACAAUGAGCGCAAAUUCAAAAAGAACCGUUUAUGUAGGCGGUUUAGCUGAAGAAAUCGAUGAGAAUAUUUUAAACGCUGCUUUUAUACCAUUUGGAGAUGUAAUCGACAUUCAAAUUCCUUUAGAUUAUGAAACAGAAAAACACCGUGGUUUUGCAUUUAUUGAAUUUGAAAAUGCGGAGGAUGCUGCCGCAGCAAUUGAUAAUAUGAAUGAUUCAGAACUUUUUGGAAGAACUAUUAGAGUCAAUUUAGCUAAACCACAAAGGAUUAAGGAAGGAUCUACUAGACCUGUUUGGUCUGAAGAUACAUGGUUACAACAACAUGCUGGUGAAACUAUUAAACGAACUGUGGGUGAUGGUGAGGAAGGAGUUGAAGGAUCUGUAGAGAAAGAAGGUGAAACAGACAAAUCAAAAAAAGUUAAAAAUCCUCAAGUCUAUUUUGACAUAAAAAUUGGUAAAACCGAAAUUGGACGAAUAACAAUGAUGCUUCGAGCAGAUGUUGUCCCAAGAACAGCUGAAAACUUCCGUUGUCUUUGUACCCAUGAAAAAGGUUAUGGAUUUCAAGGCAGUUCCUUUCAUCGUGUUAUUCCAGAUUUUAUGUGUCAAGGUGGUGAUUUUACAAAUCACAAUGGAACUGGCGGAAAAUCGAUUUAUGGUAGGAAAUUCGCGGACGAAAACUUUGAUUUAAAACAUACUGGUCCGGGGGUACUUUCAAUGGCCAAUUCAGGACCAAAUACAAAUGGCUCACAAUUCUUUUUGUGUACUGCAAAAACGGACUGGCUUGAUGGUAAACACGUUGUUUUUGGACAUGUUAUUAGUGGAAUGGAUGUUGUUAAACGCAUUGAAAGGUGUGGGACAAAAUCAGGGGCAGUUUCUGAAAAAAUUGUUAUAUCAACUUGUGGUGAAAUAUUGUAAAAAAUAUAAAAUUAAAAAUGUACUGAGAAUAUAA